CACGCCCAUCCCCCAAUGUCCUCGACCACCUCUCCGCGCUCUCGCUCCCCACCCCAUCCGCCGCGCUAAUUACCCUAAAGCUUCUUGCUUUCCCAAUGGAGGUAAUCGUCGGCUGACCCUAUCUUGCCGGAUACCUGAUUCCUGCGAGUCCGUAGGAUCUUUUUCCGGGGUGUGUGUGGAUUUGGUUGGGCGGGGGAGGGAGGCGGAGCCUGGUUCAGAUUUGUGGUGUAUUCCCGCGGGGGAAUUCAUGGUGGGUUACAUGGAGUGGCCGCAUGAUUGGUUGCUGUGGGACGCCUUCUUGGAAUGCGGAGGGAUCCGCAGGCCGCCGAUUAGAUAGCGGCCGGGGAGGAGGAGGAGGCCGCCGCCGUUAGCACCACAACCACCACCACCAUCCCAAGGCGCGAGUCACCAGCCAUGGGGGAGGACCUCGUCACCACCCUGUCCAUGGAGAACGGCGCCGGAGGCGCCCACCACGGCCCCUGCACCCUCCUCUCCAUGGACCCCUCCGGCCACCUCGACGGCCGCGCCGUCGGCGUCAUGGUGCAGCCCCGCAUCGGAGCGGGGCCCGGCGCGCGCGCCCACGCCCUCACCGGCGCGCCUCCGCCCGACAUCAACCAGCCCUGGCUCACCGAGGCCUGCGACAUGCUGGGCGUCGGCCUCGGCCCGCAGGUCUUCGACGCCGAGGCCGUGCUCAGCGCCGCUCCCAAGGCCGGGAGCCGGAAGACCGCCAAGCGCGGGGACAGCAUCUGGGGCGCCUGGUUCUUCUUCACCUUCUACUUCAAGCCCCUGCUCUCGGACAAGGGCAAGAGCAAGGUCGUCCGGGACGCCAACGGCGUGUCCGGCUUCGACAAGUCGGACCUCCGCCUCGACAUGUUCCUGGUGCAGCACGACAUGGAGAACAUGUACAUGUGGGCCUUCAAGGAGAGGCCGGACAACGCCCUGGGCAAGAUGCAGCUGAGGAGCUACAUGAACGGGCACUCACGCCCCGGUGAGCCGCAUUUCCCUUUCAGCGUCGACAGGGGAUUCGUCAGAUCACACCGGAUGCAGCGUAAGCACUACCGGGGGCUGUCGAACCCGCAGUGUAUUCAUGGGAUCGAGGUUGUGACUUCGCCGAAUCUUGUGAGCAUCACCGAGGCGGACCGGAGGAGGUGGGCGGAGCUUACAGGAAGGGAGCUCAAUUUCUGCAUCCCACAGGAGGCCAGUGAUUUUGGGACAUGGAGGACCAUGCCAAACGCAGAGCUCGAGCUGGAGAGGCCGCAGCCUACCAUGAAGAGCAGUGUCCAGCAGCAACCCCCAAAGAAGUUGCUAAACGGAUCAGGCUUGAAUCUGUCAUCACCAUCCAACCAUUCAGGAGAAGACGGUAUGGAUCUCUCCCCUGUUAGCAGCAAACGCAGGAAGGAGUCAUUUCCGCAUACCAUGGAUGAGGAGUGCUUCUUGCCGUUAAGCUCUUGCGCUGGGAGGAUACAACAAGAUACCGAGAUGCAUUCAGCGGUGCAGCCUUCUUGGCUGCAUGAUUUCAGCGGGGCGAUGACCAAGUCUUGCGGGCCAGCAACUGCUGCCAAGUCUAUUUACGAGGAUGAUCACGGCUACUUGAUAAUGGUCAGCUUACCAUUUGUUGAUCAGCAGAGGGUAAAGGUUUCAUGGAAGAACACUCUUACUCAUGGUAUAGUCAAGAUCCUUUGUAACAGUACAGCUCGGACGCAAUACAUAAGAAGACACGAUAGGGUAUUCAAGCUCACUGAUGCUACGCCUGAGCACUGCCCUCCAGGGGAGUUCAUACGCGAAAUACAUCUUGCUACCCGUAUCCCUGAAGAUGCCAAGCUGGAGGCAUGCUUUGAUGAGGCCGCUGCAGUUCUUGAGAUCAUGGUCCCCAAACGAGGAAACGAGCCCGAAGAGCAUGAAGUUAGAGUCUCCAUGCGCCCUCCUCACCUUGGAGUUAACGACCUGCUUAUGACAUAGGUAAUGGAAGAUCUCCUCACCAUGUUGGUAUCUUCUCUCUGAUCACCAGAU